CUUAUCUCUUUCUAACUUUCUCCGAACAAUAGUUUGCGUGCUUUCACUUCCCAGUAUAAGGAGCAUUUGAAAAUCAACAUUCGGGUAUCUCUUGGCACUGCAAUUUUAUUCUUGGGAAUUUAGGCUGGGCAAGUAGAAGAUUUCAACUCUCAUAUCAAUCUAUGGCGAAUAGAAUGGAGUUCAAUCAAGUAGUUAUGGCCUGGCCUUGAUUAUCUCGCUCGAUUCCUCUGCAUUGGCAUCACCCAAUGGUUCUGUCUCUCCUCGAUGUACUACCAGAAGAACUAUUUUGUUGCUUCUAUUGAUGAAGGCAAUGUUUGAUCAGUUAUACCUUCCGCCUUUACUCAUCUUCCUAUACCAGGCAUUGACCUUUAAUAGGUUUUCGGUUUCCGGCCAAAGGUUAAUCGCUUUGCACAUGUAAGUCAUUCAUUUCUUCUCUAUGUCUCAUGGUUUUAUCUUUCUGAUUAAUAACAAAACGACUUUUAUUUCACGUUGUCUCAUGAGCACAACAUACAGAAUAUCUAUUACUUUUGAUCUUAUUGCCUGAUACGAUGUUUAAAGCUCGGGGGAUCUCCUGCGUCAUUUCUCCUCUUUCUGUUAUUAGGUUUCAACUUCAAUGAGUUUCUAUCUUCAUAUAAAGUUCAUCGACUUGAACUGGUAGGCUAUUAUUUCCUUCCCGAUUUAUCUAAGUUUGUUGUUUAUGAAUUAUUUUUAUAAAAUAUAGAAAAUGAAUUUGAACGAUAGUUUGGGUACUAUAUUUGUUUGUAAACAAAAGAGAUGUUUGUGUAGAACAGGGCAGUUGUACUUUCCUAGAGCCUUGUCUACUUUUUUGUUGUUUGUUUCCGAUACUUUAUUUUUGUUCUUUGCUUAGCUAUUGAAAUAAUAAAAUAAGAUCAAAAUUAGAAAAAAAAGGUUUCUUUUCAAUUACAAUAUCUUCACUCAUAUUUGAUUUUGUGAUAACUAAUGUUCUCCGCAACCAUAAUUUUCCUCAUUAAUUUUUAUUCUUAUGGUCCAACUCACUAAUCAAAUUUUGAUAUUGUUUUAGAAUUAGUUAGAAAUUGAGCUUUCAUGCAACAGUCUAGGAGUUUGGGGUGUUGAAUUUGGAGUAGAAGAGUUAGGAUUGAGUUUGAGAAUGAGAGUGGUGGGGGGAAGAAAAAUUCAACUGUAGCAGGUUAAGACAGAGAAGAGGGAGUUACUGAGGGUAGUGAUCGAAUUGAGGAGGGUGUUGAAAGACGCGGAAGCAAAACUGGAGCAAUUGAAGAGAGAGAAGUGAGAGAUGAUGAGGAUAUUAAUGAAAAUGGAGAGAAUAUUGAAGGACAUGGAAGUGUGCUGAAGCAGGUGAAGGCAUGCAAGGGGGGAGAUGAGCAUAUUUAUGGAAUUGGAAAUGAGUUUCGGUUUUAGCGAACUUAUUAGAACUUCCCCUGAGGAAGAUGAGUUGGCAAAACACAGGAAGGGGAUUGAGGAGUUGAAGAGCGAGUUGACAAGAACCCCAAUUGGAAGAGAAAUUGAGGGCCGCAGAGAGAAGGUCCAUCAAAGUAGCAGAAAUGGAGUUGCAGAAGGAGGAUUAGAAAGUGAAUGUUUGGUUGAAAAAUAUGCUUCUUGAGGUUGAAGAUAGAGUAGAUAAAAAUUUGGUCGUUCAAUGGAGAGUGGUGGCUAUUGGAUCAUUAGGUUUAUGGUUUUUGCAGCUACCACAACCUAUUUCUAUCUUAAAACGAGUAAUUAUUGAUUGAUUUAAUGAAGUAGGUCGAUUCUUUAUUCAGCCUGCUGGAACUGAUCGAUAAGGACUGUCUAAUUUUGCGUCAUAUUACUUUGAUCGAGUCUACUAGUAUAUUGGAGGUAAUCCAAAUUUGUCGUUUGCUCUCAAGUUUUGAUGGUCCUCUCUUAGCUGAGUUGUUAGAAUAUAGUUGACUUGAACCUACAACCCUCCAUUUCUUUUUAAUUAGUGGCAUAUUGCCCCCAAAAUGAGAGCAUUGAACCAUUUACGUAGGAUUGUGAGGUUUUAGAUUCAGUUUCAAACUAUCUAUGGGUCGUGUGGGAAUUCCAGUGAGCUUUUAUACUCUAUCUUUCUUAACAAUCAACUAACUAAUAACAUAUUAACUGGGCUUAAUUAUCACAAGAAAAGAGCGGACUAUGGUUUGGGCUGUGCCUGUGAUCAAAUGGGCCGGAAUGUGUAUAAAAUACAACAGCUGAAUGGGCUAUAUAUCUUUUUUUCGUUGGAUAUGAAUGGGCUAUCUUACCAAAAAUAACAACACAAUAAUCGGGUAGAAAAUCAAAUCAAUGUUCAUUCUAAUUCGUGUUUUGAAUAAUAAAUUCAAUUAAUUCAGUUUGUAAAUUUAUCAAUCUAAUAGUAACAUCCAUAUAAUUGGCUCAUUUCGGCAUUCGCCUGCUGAAAAGGAAUUGGGACAAUUUAGAUUUAUAACACAAAGGCAAUACAUUUCAUUCCGAAUAUCCGAAUAUCCGAAUAUCGAAAAUAAUUACAAUAAAAUAGCUGAAAGCCAAUAUUUCAGCGAGCAAGUUCAGCUGGGGGAACCCGAAUAAUAAUAGAGUAAUUACAACUAUCUAAAGAUACACCCUUUUUAUUUUUAAGGGAAGAAUAAUUCCCUUCCCUGCCGUGUAGGCGAAAUUCGAAUUCCCAUGGAUGUAACCUGUCUUCAAAAUUGGUGCAGAAACUUGCGAAUCUUGUUGAGGACCGUGUUCUCGUUCCGAUGCUCGGCAUCGCCGCGGCGGGGCCUCUUGAUCCCGUCAGGGAAUAUAACGCCGUUGCUGAGAUCGAUGACUGCGGGCCUCUUAUGCUUGUAGUCAGCAGGCUGCCCCCAUCGCAACGGCGGAUUGACCGAAUUCAAAUCCUGGCCACCGUAAGGGUGGUGGCCGUAACGCGGGGUCCACGGCCUGAGCCCGCUGACGAUUUGGCCGUGGUGGCACCUCUGGGCCCCGCCGCGGUGGACGAGGUGGAUUGGACGGAUGGCGAAGUGACGGUUGAUUGGACGGAAUCUAAAUGCCGUCAAGGGAACCUAUUCCUCCACCGUCUUCUUUUCUUCCUCCUCCUGCUUCGCCGGCUCAGCUGCGUCCUGCAGAUCUUCCGCGUGCCCGACGGCGGGCUUCUCGCUCGGGAGGAGGAGGAUGGGAUCAUCGGUCGUUGUGGUGGGUUUUUUCACCGGGAUAUCCUGGAAAUCGGGGAGAUCGUAGCGAGCGUCGGCGACGGUUGAGAGAAUGAGGAGGGCGGCGGCUGUGCAUAAGAAGAAAGCCGUGGAGGGAGUUGGUCGUGCCAUUGUUGGGAAUAUUGAUAGGGAGGAUGGUAUAAUUAUAUUUUGACGUUUGGGGUCGGGGUUGAAAUUUGAAUUAUACUAGAUUUUUACCCGGCCAGUUGGCCGGAAAAGUUCAUUUUAUUAUUUAUAUUAGUUAACUUAUCUACAUGUUUGAACUUUCUCUGAUCAUAAAUCAUGUCGUAAAGGUUUAUCACGUCCCAUUUAGGAUUGUAUAUAAUUUUUUUUUCCAUCAAGACGCUCAAAUUUAUUAUCUUAUACAACAUAUAUCAAUUCAUGAUUCUUGAGUUUGUACGAACUCUCAGCCAAUUAAUCAGAGUUCAAAUUAUUGGAAAAAGAUACUUGAUUAAUGGAUAAAUUAUGUUUAUCCAAUUGAAAUUUGACACACAUCGUAUCCCUUAUAAUGAUUAAAUUCUCUAAACCUCACUCAUUUUUAUUGUUGAUGUUCAUGAAGUCUUUAUAUAGCAACUUAUUAUAAUUGCUAAUAUUUUAAGUUUGUACUAUCCCUCAACCAUGCCUUUUGUCUAGAUGUUCGUUUAGAAUCUGAAUCCAAGGAUUCAUAUACACUAUCGAGGUUCUCAUCUUAACAUGUUCCUUCAAUGUAUAAAUUUUCAACUAUUUGAAUGUCCAUUCGCUAAAAUUUCUUUAUAUUUGAUGUUUGUUCUAGAACAAAAAUUUCAUUACUUAUAUUAAUAAUUGGUAAAGUGUGUAUACGACAGACAAAUAUUUCAGGUGCAUUCAAAAUUAUGUAUUCCUUGAAUAAUUAACUUAUAAUUUUUUAACAAAAUAUUUUGUAGCAAAAUUUAAAACUUCAUACAAACAUUGUGGCUUUUCAUAUGUAUUUAAAUGAUUGGAUGUAUUGUAGACACAUCUAUUGUUAAUAUCUAAACAUAUAUAUAUAUAUAUAUAUAGAUUUUAUUUUACUUUCAACACUAAUUAAUACAUUUGAACUAAGCUCCUUGGGUGGAAUAUGAUAUCAAUUUUUUUGUUAUUGCCAAAAUUUGGUAUGAAAUCACAAACUCACAACUAUAUAGACUUGUUACAAUUUUCUUACUAAACUCAUAUUUAUUAAGUAUUCUUCUUUUGACCCAAUAGCUCAGUUUACACUAUUGUAACUAUAAAUGUUUUUUGUUAUAUAUGUGAAGUAAAACAUUAAUGUUUAU